UUAACAAACUUAAGAAUUACGCCGCUUUAUUGUUGCGCAAGAAAGAAAGAAAGAUAAACCUCACUCACUCGCUCACUCUGUUUCUUUGUUCAUUCAUUCAUUCUUGAUCGACAAACAUGGUUUCUUUCUUGUUUGCCGUAAGAAAGGAGGAACAACAACACAGCAACCCUUCCUUCUCCUCUGUUCUUACCGAUCAUGAUCGUGUCUGUCUUCAUGUUUCAGUGGGUGAUCCCUGUUGUGCCUCCUGUAUCGACAACAACCCUUCUUCCUUGUUCGCUGUUCAAAAUAACCCUUCUACCUCUUCCUCUUCUGUUGUUACUCAAGAUCAUCAACAACAACUCAUCACCAAGAAACGACCCCAACAACAACGACUAACCCUAAAGAAGAACAAGAAACCACGCAUCAACAAUUGGGUCUGUGAUGAUGAUGAUGAUCAUAGUAUCUGUCUCCAUCUUAUGUUGGGUUCAUCCUCGUGUAUACCAACAUGUGUUCGUCAAACAAACAACAAAAUUAUUGCUGCUGAUGAUGAUGAUCAUCAAUGGGUGAUCAAGAAGGUUCUUGAAAACAGUGAUGUUUGUCUCCAUUUGUGUAGGCUUUUGUUGAACAAAGAAGUCGCUCAAAAAUUAAUCAUUCCUUUCUUGUUGGAUGGUGCUGAAGCUGCUCAGACCAAACAGGGAAUUCAAGUUCAAGUCCGCGACGUCGACACCGACACUCUUCAUUCUCUCGUUUUCAAGAUAUGGAUUUCUGCAAAAAUGCAUACUUUCACCAAGAGAUGGGCCAAAGAUUUUGUUCAAAGAAGGAAUUUGAAGAAAGGAGAUCAAAUCGGCUUACGUUGGGAUCAAGACAACGGCCGAUUUGAGUUCUCCGUGCUUCGUCGGGCCACCAAAGUUUCAGGGGACGACAAUUAGUUUAAUAUUAAAAUUUGUCUGAUCUGCUAGCUGCUGUAAACAUAAUUUAGUUGGAGGGUGUAAUUGUUUUAGAUUUUGAAUCAAUAGUUUAUAAAUGAAUAGAUAGUACUGGAUUUUGUGA